AUGGAGAAGGAGCCACAAGCCUUUUCCCCUAUAAAGGCGAUCCACUUCGCCACAUACCACCUCAAAGAACCUCUUGAGCGAACAAGAGAUCCGACCUGGAGACGUCUAGCCAAGCCGCAUCACAGAGAAGAACACCUUCUAGCCACACCAGAAGAGGAGAUUGACCCUGAGCUGAUCGAGUUCGUGAAGAGAGAUCAAUUCCAUGAUCUGUUUUCAGAGUAUGCGCUGGAGCACAUAGAUCACUUUGACAAUCUUUGUGAUUCCUAUGGAGUUUUUGACUUUGAGAAGAAGAUGAUGCUAUUCAGCACAUCACUAGCUGGACCAGCACUAGAUUGGGCGCAGCAUGAACCACUCUCUACAAUCGAGUCAUGGAUCGAUUUUAGAGAAGCUUUCUUGAAGAGAUUUGCAAGGCUACCACCUUUCAAAUCCAAUCUGAAUGAAGAGCUAAUCAAGCAUGUGGAGAGGAAUCCUUUCUACAAUUCUACUUCAGAGUGUGCAAAGGAGCAUCUAUGCAACUUUGAGCAGCUUUGCCACGACUAUGGACUUGGAGACAACCCCAAGAAGAUACAACUUUUCCAACUAUCUCUAGCUGGACAAGCCAAAGAAUGGGCUAAGUUCAAUGCCCAACAUGCUUUCAAGACUUGGAAUGGAUACAAAGGAGCUUUCCUCCACAGAUUUGCUAAAGGUCCUAUUUAUGUUCCACCACCACGCCCAAGCUAUUCACAACACCAUCCAUCAUCACCAGACAUAAACAAGACACCACUUUUCCCAAGGGAGAGCUAUCAAGCUGCGCGCCAAACCAAGAUUGAAGAGAUGCUUCAAGAGUACUUGAGAAAUCAAGAUGAGAGUACAAAGAAGAUGGAGAGAGAAUCGAUUUCAUCCAUGAGAGCCUUGGAAACAAAUCUGAAGUCCUAUUCAAGCAAGUGA